AUCAGAUCUCAAUCACGUGCAGAUCGACUCACGGAUAUGUAACUCGAUCCUCGGAACCGUCUUCUCAAUACCGCUCCUGUAGGCCUAUUCUGAGAGUUUUUAUACAACUCUUCUUACCCAAAAUUGAGAAGAAGAAGAAGAAGAAGAACGUAUAUUACAAGUGAACCGAGUCAUACCGAUGAUAUGUGCAAAAUGUCAUCAGAACCACCAGUAAAAAAAAAGAGACAAGGACGAGCAACAAAGGAGCAAUGGUGGAUUAUUUUGUACUUCAUCCCUAUGUCGCAACUGGCAAAUUCACUUCUUUGCAAGGACGAGCCAACCUUGAAGGAAGUUGGGAGGAAUUAGUCAACCAACUAAAUGCAAUGUCGAAAAGUGGAAAAGAGAAAGACGUCGCUUCCUGGAAAACAACAUGGAGAGAUAAUAAAACAAAAGUAUCAGAGAAGGCCUCAAAACUACGUGCUGCUCGUGCACAGACGGGCAAUAGACCUGUUGAAAACAAUUUAACAGAAUUAGACAAAAAAAUAUUGGGCAUAAUUGGCUACGCUUUUGCUGAGGGAGUGGAUAAUUCUGUCGACAGCUUCCCUGAAGAGCAGGAGAAUAUAAAUGAGUUGCUAGCAUCAGGAAACACAAACAUACUCGAUAAAGUACCUGUGAUCCUGUCGUGUCGUUCCGACAAUGUAUACAAAAUGAAUAAUAUACAAGACUCUCCCACAAUAUCUGGGAUCAAUACGGAUAGGCUUGGCGUUCAAUUCGCGGAAGCCAGAGAAACUUUUCAGGCGAUCGAGCAGCAGAUCGCUCAAACGAUGGAUAUAUUGUAGCUCGAGGCACGCAGCUGCAGGCAGAAACAGCAAGUAAAUUUGCAGAUGUUGCUUUAAUGAUGGUAGAGAACGAUAAAAAGAGGAACAAGAUCUUGG